UUCCCAACCCAACGCGCCGCUGCCAACCAUCACGAACCGAAAACCGACUGCCGACACAACGCGCCGCCGCCGCCGCCAAGGGAACCCCUGGCGUUGCCAUGGCGCCAACGGAGAAGCGAUCCUGCCGCGGAUCAGGGGAAACAACGGGUUCGCCUCACGCCGCCCGCCACCCCAGCCCUUGCACGGAGCACCUCCAUGAUACGCUGGAUGAGGUGGAGGUAGGCGAACUCGACCCCCAUGGCCAGCCGGCGCGCAUGGUCACCGAUCCUGGUCAGGUUGCCUGGCAUGCUCUGGACCUCAAGUUCCCACGGGAGCAGAGCGAAUCAGACUGGAGCGACUGGAGCGAGGGCGAUGGCCGAGUGAUUGAAGGGGAGGAGAAAGAUUGCCCAGGGAAUGAAGUAGUCGAUAGCGAUGAUGAUGACGACAACUGCAAUGGCCAACUCGUUUACAAGGACAAAAAACCAAACACGAAGAUAAUCUGCCCAGGAAAGCUCUAUCCUGAGAGCGAAGCAGAGGAAAUUGAGCAGGAAUGGAUUGAGAGGUACUGCAAGCAGAUGGGAGAAUACUCGAAACUGUUUGAUGACAUUCUGGCCCGGGAGCACCACGACGAUUCUACUACUUUGCCUCCUUUUCCUAUGAAACUGCUCCCUCCCACAACAUCUCUAUGCUUCAUGGAGGGGUACUGCUACCACAGUGUUUACAAGACCCAUGAUACUUCUACCACUCCAUCAACUCUUGGAUAUCGCACACCACAACAGAUGCUACAGUUCUUUUCAAUGAGGUUACCAAGCUCUGGGCUCUCCUAUCCCAUUAGUGUGUAUGGAAUACUUGCUGUUCGCGAUGACUUGGACCAGCGACGGAAUUACCUCUUUAACUGUCCUAGAGAUACUGCUGUAGAGAUUGUGAAUCAGGAAUCCUUUGACUUGCCUCUUUGUAGCCCGUGUCGAGGAAUAUAUGUACUGGACGAGGCACUACUAGAAGUUGAUCUCUGGGUAAAGAAGGAGGGGAAUGGAUCAGCUGACAAGCAUAUACUUUCUGCAUAUGCUGAGAUUGAAGUCCGUGCAAAUUUUGAUAUUAUGCUGGGUGGUCGGAUUCCUGGUGUUGAUUGCAACUUGGACCUGAAAUACAUGAUCAUUGCACGAAGUAUUGAGGCGGUAGUACAAGUCUAUGCAGAGGUUGACCAUCCUCAUCACGUGAAGUUCACUGCUUUAAGCACUGGCUAUGACGAUGAGAUUGUGCUGUUUGAUGACAAGAUAUCUGGGAGUGUGAAACUGUUCCAACAUAUUGUCGCGGUUAAGAGAAAUGAAAAUUUGGAUGUUCUUCUAAGAGUCGAUGAAUCGCUGUUUCAGUGGACUUUUCAUGAUGAGUAUGUUGGACCCGUCAGUUCUCCCGAUGACUCAAUCCUUCAGUAUGGCCAGUUUUUUGUGAGGGUGCUUUUUGCUCCAAAGAACUCUGCAUGAAGCCCACCGCCGGCCUCCUGCAAACUGCGAUUAAGUGAAGACUCAGUUCUUCAGCUUGGCCAGUUUCUUGUGAGGCUGCUCCAAAGAACUCCACAUGAAGACCAUCGCCGGCAUCCUGACAAACUGCGGUUUAAGUGAAGGCCUGAAGGUGUCCUGUGCCUUCUACUCCCUCCGUUCCUAAAUAUUUGUCUUUCUAGACAUUUCAAAUGACUACUACAUACGGAUGUAUGUAGACAUAUUUUAGAGUAUAGAUUCAUUCAUUUUGCUCCGUAUAUAGUCACUUGUUGAAAUGCCUAGAAAGACAAGUAUUUAGGAAUGGAGGGAGUACUACUUAGUAUAGCAUUAUAGUCCAGUGUGUUAAGUUAAGCCACUGUAAACCUGAACAUGCUCAAUGCGUGCAUAUUCUCUGCCUGCCUGCUAUUGUGUUUUUGACUUGUA